AUGAACCAUCUCCUGCGCAUCGACACGAGAGAGCCCCGACAUUGUUGGAUACUCGAACCAGAUCGCGAAAGUGACCAUGUGGUCCUUCCUAGCUAUCGGACAAUGUUGGAAAGGGUGGAUGGUUUGAUAGACGUUGGUGUUGCCGUUAUUGUUGUUGAUGUUGUGGUUGUUCGCUUGGGAACAUCAGGGAUUCAAGAUAUCAAUCAACCGUCCUUGCCCAACUCCAACUACCCCACGUGCCCUCGUCGUCAACACUUGGAGAGGUAUUGGAGAUUUCCCAAGGGACCCAUACCUAGAUACUUUGGCCAUUCGGUACAGACGAAGCUAGCCGAGAGUAGAUUAGAUAGCAGUGUGGAUACUACUCGUAGGUGGACUGUGGUGGAGCAAAGCCCGACUAGAUUUGUCGUCUAUCACGACAUGCUCGCAAAGCAAAAUGGUAAUGAUGAUAUAUUCUUAUUAUGUCCGGCGCCUAGUGGUAGUAACUGUGUUGCCCACAUGGAUAUAUUAUUUGAGAUAGUUAACAAUGCACUACAAUAUUGCACCGCACCUGGCGGCGGCGGCGAUGCGGUCGGUGGCGUACGGGCAUGGACGAUGGCCCGAUGGGACGAUGGCGACUGCGAUGGGCUCGGUUCGAUCGCUCGUUCGUUGGCUAGCAGAAGCACCAGCAAAGGAAGGGAAGGGAAGAAACAGGUGAAUCCACACUUCUGCAUUACCGAAGACAACGACGAUGACGGUGACGAUGCCAUGUCCUCAUUGCGACCAUCGCGCCGCUCAUCAACGGAGAAACUACUGUCUCCCUCCAUCUACGGAGUAACUAUUCUCUCCUCCAACCCAAAAUACCUCUUCUAA